CUUUUGAAGUUUGAACACUUCCCUUUAUUUCUAAAUAUACUCACUUUGGUGAAGAUGAUGCAAUUAAGCUUAUGCCUAUUGUUUCUUAUUCUUUUUGGUCCAGUCCUGCCAGUGCUCUCUGUGGACCCUGGUUUCAACGAUGAUGUGUUUGGGUUGAUUGUGUUCAAAGCUGGUUUGGAAGACCCAAAGCAUAAACUCUCUUCUUGGAAUGAAGAUGAUAACAGUCCCUGCAAUUGGGAAGGUGUUAAAUGUGAUCCUGCAACCAAUAGGGUCUCUGCUCUUGUCCUUGAUGGGUUCUCUCUUUCUGGGCAUGUUGAUAGAGGCCUAUUGAGAUUGCAGUUCCUUCAAAUUCUCUCACUUUCUGGGAACAACUUCACAGGGCCCAUAAACCCUGAUCUUCCUCGCCUUGGGGGUUUGCAAGUUGUUGACUUGAGUGACAACAACCUCUCUGGGUCAAUCCCAGAAGGGUUUUUCCAGCAAUGUGGAUCUCUAAGAACUGUUUCCUUUGCAAAGAAUAACCUUACAGGUAAGAUUCCUGAUUCUUUGAGUUAUUGCUCCACAUUGGCAACUGUUAACUUCUCCUCUAAUCAACUUGAUGGGGAAUUGCCAUCUGUGGUGUGGUUCUUGAGGGGACUACAGUCACUUGAUCUGUCAAAUAACUUGCUUGAGGGAGAGAUUCCUGAAGGAAUUCAGAAUCUGUAUGAUUUGAGGGAGUUGAGUCUACAGAAUAACCACUUUACUGGUAGGCUUCCUGGGGAUAUUGGGGGCUGCUUACUUUUGAAAUCACUUGAUUUGAGUGAUAAUUUUCUCUCUGGAGAACUUCCUGAGUCAAUGCAAAGACUCACUUCAUGCACAUCACUCAGAUUGCAGGGUAAUUCAUUCACAGGAGGCAUUCCUGAUUGGAUUGGACAACUGAAAAAUCUAGAGAUAUUGGAUCUUUCUGCAAAUAGGUUUUCUGGUUGGAUUCCAAAAUCAUUAGGAAAUCUAGACUCACUGCAUAGAUUGAAUUUAUCCAGGAAUCAGUUCACAGGAAACUUGCCUGGUUCAAUGACAAAUUGCACUAAGCUUUUGGCUCUUGACAUCAGCCAUAACAAGUUGGAAGGGCAUCUUCCUUCAUGGAUUUUUAGGCUGGGUUUACAAAGUAUCUCUCUUUCUGGGAACAGCUUCAUUAAGGGAAAUUAUCCUUCACUUAAGUCCACAUCUGCAUCUUAUCAUGGUCUUGAGGUUUUGGAUUUGUCCUCCAAUGCAUUUUCUGGUGAAAUUCCGUCUGGGAUUGAGGGUCUUAGUAGCCUGCAAGUGUUAAAUAUGUCCACCAACAAUAUCUCUGGUUCUAUUCCUGUUGGUAUAGGAGAACUUAAAUCUUUAUACAUUAUUGACUUAAGUGAGAACAAGCUUAAUGGAAGCAUUCCUAUUGAAAUAGAAGGGGCAAUUUCACUCAGUGAACUGAGGCUACAAAAGAACUCCCUAGGUGGGAGAAUUCCUGUUCAAAUUGAGAAGUGUUCAUCUCUAACAUUUUUGAUUCUUUCUCACAACAAGCUUACUGGUUCAAUCCCUGCAGCCAUUGUAAAUCUAACCAAUCUUCAGUAUGUAGAUUUGUCAUGGAAUGAACUCUCUGGAAGUUUACCCAAGGAGCUUGCAAAUCUUUCCCAUCUUUUCUCAUUUAUUGUAUCCUAUAACCACCUUCAAGGUGAGUUACCAGUGGGUGGCUUCUUCAACACCAUUUCCCCCUCAUCUGUCUCCGGUAAUCCAUUGUUGUGUGGUUCUAUUGUCAACCACUCAUGCCCUUCUGUUCAUCCCAAACCUAUUGUCUUAAAUCCCAAUUCUUCUGGUUCCAACUCCAGCAUUUCCUCACAAAAUCAUCAUCAUAGGAUCAUACUCAGUAUCUCUGCUCUUAUUGCUAUUGGAGCAGCUGCUUUUAUUGCCAUUGGUGUGGUGGCUAUUACUGUCCUAAAUAUGCGUGUGCGUUCUUCAAUGGCGCGUUCUGCUGCUCCAUUUGCCUUCUCUGGUGGUGAGGACUACAGCUGUUCGCCAGCAAAUGAUCCAAACUAUGGCAAGCUUGUCAUGUUUGAUGGUGAUGCAGACUUUGCUGAUGGAGCCCAUAAUCUUCUUAAUAAAGAAAGUGAAAUAGGUCGUGGUGGAUUUGGAGUUGUUUAUCGCACUUUCCUUCGAGAUGGACAUGCUGUUGCAAUCAAGAAGCUUACAGUCUCAAGUUUGAUCAAGUCCCAAGAAGACUUUGAGAGGGAAGUUAAAAAGCUUGGGAAGAUAAGGCACCAGAAUCUUGUAGCACUUGAAGGUUAUUACUGGACUUCAUCCUUGCAGCUUCUCAUUUAUGAGUAUCUAUCAAGAGGGAGUUUGCAUAAGCUCCUACAUGAUGAUAAUAGCAAAAAUGUCUUCUCUUGGGGUCAAAGGUUCAAGAUUAUUCUUGGCAUGGCAAAAGGAUUGGCCCAUUUGCACCAAAUGAACAUAAUCCACUAUAAUCUUAAAUCAACCAAUGUUCUGAUUGAUAGUUCUGGUGAGCCAAAAGUAGGAGAUUUUGGCUUGGUGAAACUGUUACCAAUGCUAGACCAUUGUGUUUUGAGCAGCAAAAUUCAAAGUGCACUUGGAUACAUGGCUCCUGAGUUUGCUUGCCGCACUGUUAAGAUAACUGAGAAAUGUGAUGUAUAUGGUUUUGGGAUCCUGGUUCUGGAGAUAGUGACAGGAAAAAAACCUGUGGAAUAUAUGGAGGAUGAUGUGGUUGUUCUCUGUGACAUGGUGAGAGGUGCUUUGGAGGAAGGAACUGUGGAGCAAUGUGUUGAUGGUAGGUUACUUGGUAAUUUUGCUGCUGAGGAAGCAAUUCCUGUGAUAAAGUUGGGGUUAAUUUGUGCAUCACAAGUGCCAUCAAACCGUCCAGAUAUGGAUGAAGUAGUCAACAUAUUAGAGUUAAUCCAAUGCCCUUCAGAAGGACAAGAAGAAUUAGAAUGAAUUUUGUUGCAAUGUUUGAGAAACAGCACAUAUUGCAGUACCUGGUGAAGAACAAUCCAGUUUAAAGCUAUACAUGCAAAGAAUAUUCAGUCAUAUUUUUCCCUACUUU